AUGCCCGGAGUACCAGGAGCCACUGUGGUGCAGAGCGUGUCUGUGUCCGGUGUUCCCGGAGUCGUUCCCGGAGACCCCAACCACCCACCUGUUGUCAUGGGCAACCACUCCAAGAGGCAGACCGCUUUUGAAUGGCCUGGAGCUGAAGUGAUGGUCAUAAAUCCCCCAGAGCCCAUCAAAGAAAAGGAAAAACAAGGAUUUUUCAGAGCCAUCAAGAAGAAAAAGAAGAAAACUCAGAUGAACGACAUGGAGGAUUCGAGGAACCCGAGCAUCAGGAAAAGCCUCUUCCCCCUCUUCAGCUCCAAGAACAGCCUCAAGCACAACUCGGCCGUCAAAGUUCUGCCUGUGGUGGGCUCGCCUCUGGUACAACAGCAGCCAGCGCCGCCCUACCCCGCCUCGCCUGUCCCUGGUAACGGACAGGAGCAUCUCUCACUGCAGAGGAGCUCCAAGUCUUCGUCUCAUCACAGCAGCCGCCGGAAAAACCGUGAGCGAUCAAGAGACCGGGACAGAGAGAGAGAACGAGAGCAGAGCCGAGACCGAGAGAGGGACAGAGGAAGAGAGAGAGAGAGGGUGGAGUGGCCCCCAGAGAAACCAGUGGACUCACAUUCGCAGAGCCAGCCCCUGAAGUCUCUCCGUCGACUGCUGCAUCUUUCCCCCUCCUCCUCGUCAAACCAGGGACCCCCUCCCGCUCCUCCCCCAGACCUGCGCUUCCAGGCCCCCCUGCCUAACCCACCACCGCCCACCUCCAAACCCGGAUACCCCGAAGUGCGAUCUCACGGGGAGAGCCGGGCACACCAGGUCGGCAGCAACUCCGGCCAGUCCAAAAGCCGCAAACCCAGCUACCCUCUGCCGGGACAGAUCGAGUCCAGCUGGCACUUGACGGCGCUGCAGCGGGCCGAGGGCGCACAGUUCACCCCUGAGCAACUGGGCAUCAAACCCGGGCAGAACGGACCCACGUUUACCCGCGCCUCCCGUCCCCGUAUGCCCAACCUCAACGAUCUGAAGGAGACAGCACUGUAA